AGGCUAUCACUAAUCAGUAGCCAACAUGGCUGAGGAGAGAGAGGUGUGGGUAAUUGUUCGUGUUGUGUUAUUAUGUACCGCGUGGUAUUUAAUUAGUUCAGGCAACAAUGUAGUGGGGAAAACUCUGUUAAAUGAAUUCCCUUAUCCUAUGACAGUUACAAUGGUGCAACUGGUAUGUAUAGCAACGUGCAGCAGUCCUGUCCUCAAGUGGAUGAAAGUGCGGCGUCGCUCAGACAUAAGUUGGAGUUAUUAUAAGCGAAUAAUUAUUCCGUUAGCACUGGGAAAAUUCAUGGCGUCGGUAUUUUCGCACGUCAGUAUAUGGAGAGUGCCCGUGUCCUAUGCCCACACAGUGAAGGCCACCAUGCCAUUAUUCACUGUGGUGCUGGGUCGUGUCAUACUGCAAGAGAAACAAACCACUAAGGUGUACUUCUCGCUGGUGCCCAUUAUCUGUGGAGUUGCCAUUGCUACUAUCACAGAACUGUCUUUUGACAUGCUUGGCCUCAUUGCUGCCCUCAUGUCCACUUGUGGUUUCUCCCUCCAAAAUAUAUUUUCAAAAAAGGUACUAACAGACACAGGGAUCCAUCAUCUGCGCCUGCUGCACUUGUUGGGCUGUCUGGCACUUUUCAUGUUCCUACCAGUUUGGGUUUUCACCGAUGGACUUAGCAUCUUCCAGGAUGAAAGCCUGCUAGUGAGACGGGAUCCAUGGGAGACUCUAAUACUGCUGCUGCUUGAUGGAGGGCUGAGCUGGUUGCAGAACCUAGUGGCAUUCACCAUCUUGCAUCACGUGACUCCUCUCACAUAUGCUGUUGCAAGUGCCACAAAACGAAUCUCCAUCAUCAGUAUCUCUCUUUUGCUCUUGCGUAAUCCUGUCACAAUGCCAAAUGUGGUUGGAAUGUUCAUGGCCAUUGUGGGUGUCUUGGGCUACAACAAGGCAAAGUAUGAUGCAAACCAGUCGAAGAAGAAAGCUGCAUUGAUGCCUCUGAGUCAAGUGGUCAGCACCAAGCACCUUAACCAUUCUCUUCAACCUCCACCUUUUCAUCCUGCUUACAUUUUUAAUCAUCUGGAAGCAGCCAAACAAGGGCCGUAUCCAAGACUUUCAAAUGGCACUUCAUCGGUGGUUCACACUUUUCCCCAAAAUGGUCACAUUCCUCAAAUAAAGACAAAGAAUAGUCACUCCGUUUUGCAUGUUUCUAAAGCUAAUAACAAUGUAGAAACUCAGUAAGGUUGUAAUUAGGACAUUAUAAGAAAGUAUAUUUUUUUACAAAAUAAAUUUUAUAUAUAUAUAUAUAUAUAUAUAUAUAUAUAUAUAUAUAUAUAUAUAUAUAUAUAUAUAUAUAUAUAUAUAUAUAUAUAUAUAUAUAUAUAUAUAUAUAUAUAUAUAUAUAUAUAUAUAUAUAUAUAUAUAUAUACACAAUGGAAUGAAAUUUAAAUAACUCAAUGAAACUGAGCAGUAUUUAAAGAACACAAAUGUAUAAGGAUCUGAGACUUGUGGUUGGAGUUAUGUAAUCCUGAUAUUUAUUGAUUAUAGUGCCUUUUCUAGUAAUAAGUAUAUUGAUAAAGGAGUGUUAUUUUUUAAUUAGAUUUGAAAUGUUUGGCUGUAAGUAUAGUUUUUCUUUGAGAUAUUAUAACUAUGUGAUGUUCCAUGAGCUAUAUAAUCAUAUGAUCCUGAUCUGUUCUUUUUUUGUACAUUAGGGCUGAAAUUGUAUUAAAUACAAGACAAUACUGCCAAAGAAUUGUAGAUAUAAGGCCUCUAGAGCUUCCAAACACAUAACUGUUGAAUUUUAAAAAAUUUUAUUACAUACAAUCAUAUGUAUACCAAGCUGAAACCAUUCUUAAAAAGUAGCCUUGAUAAGAUAUCAUAACUUAUUUUAUUGUAUAGGAGAGAUUAUUAAUUCCUUUUCAUUAGCCCUCACAAUAUAAUGUGUUAUUUUCUAACAUGAUUGUAGAGUGUGCAAUCAAGCCAAGAUUCACAUGAUAUGUAGUAUUGCUGGAAUAAUCCAGACACAUUAACAUUUUGUGGACAUUGGUGUUUAAUAUUACUUAUCAAAUUCCAACAGCACGGGGUUACAUUUUCAACCCCUAAGCAGCAGUGAUCAUCUAUUCAGGUGCAAUACAGUGGCUUGCUUGCAGUGGUUUUUAAUUUAGAUGUCUCAUUUUUCUCACAGAUGUUCUAGAGACAUGUGGCAACUACCUUAUUUUGAUGACUCAUAAGAUGCACCCAGUUUUGGCAGACAUUGAAGUUAAAAAAAAAAAAGAUAAGUGAGUGGAUUUAAGCUCUGAAUAUGAAGUGAAGGAUUUCACCUGAUAUUUGCAGACUUUCACAUGUAUUUAAAUCAUUAUUAAAUCCCAAUAUUUUGCA